CGCGGCUCGCUGGCCACAGGCUUCCUCCGCGGGAAGGGGCUACGGGCAUCCUCAAAGUGAGCCGAGCGUCUUGGGGCAGAGCGAUGUGGCGAAGAGGAAAGGGCCACGAGGGCUGCUGGCCUCUCGGAUAAUUGCUGCCCUUGCCCGCGAGUCUUGUGCAGCGGCACUCUCUUGUCUGUGUGUGGCAUGUGGAGCCUGGGGUUUUAUAUGGCAUUUGCAACCCAAGCGAGGUCACACUUCCUUUUUUUAAAAUUCUUUGCUUUGGGUACAGCAUCUCUCUCUCUCUUUUUCUUCUUCUCUGGUAGUGGGGUGGGCCGGGAGGGACGACUGUGACACCAGAGGGAAUGUUUACUUGCGCAGAAGUCUUUCUCAUGUGGAAGCACGCUGCUCCCUAACUCCUGGCUAAGCAGACUUCAGUUCACCAACUUUGCUGCCGCAAAGCACAUGUAACUCCUUGACAGGAUGGCAGACAAAAGAACAGCUGGUGCAAAGCAAUAGGGGAUUCAUAGCAAGCAGGAGGAAAGAAAAUCACAAACCUUUCACCCACACCGUUGACAUCCGGCGAUUGUCAGAGCAGCCGUUGCGACGGGACAAGCUGAAGCCACCAUGCGCAGGUCUAGCACCGAUGAGUCGACCUAUCAUAGGAGCCCGUCCCUGGACAGCAAGGAUUACAGUUUCCCAAAUGGCGCCUUUCGUCGCUACAGCAGCAUGUAUGGUGGCCAGUUUGGGGCUGCCAGCAACUCUUUCUUUGGAUUCCACACAAACCCAGGCCCUAAGGCCACCAAGGCUAAGUACACGUCCCCCAAGGGAAACAAGUACGUUGUCUUUUACCUGGAUCUCUCAUUUAUUUUUCUCCUAGAACUGAAGAGGUGCAGCAUGGCUCACAACUGCCUGCAGUGUAUCAAGUACCUAAUGUUUGUCUUCAACCUUCUCUUUUGGUUAGGAGGCUGUGGAAUCCUUGGAGUAGGCAUCUGGCUGGCUGUUACCCAAGGGAAUUUUGCCACCCUUUCUUCUUCUUUCCCGUCCCUAUCAGCUGCCAACCUACUGAUCGUCACAGGGACAUUUGUCAUGAUCAUUGGCUUCGUGGGUUGCAUAGGCGCCAUCAAAGAAAACAAGUGCCUCCUGCUGAGUUUUUUUAUCAUGCUGUUAAUUAUAUUUCUGUUGGAGCUCACUGUUGUGAUUCUGUUCUUCGUCUACACUGACAAGAUUGACAAGUAUGCUCAGCGGGAUCUGAAGAAAGGACUUCAUUUGUAUGGGACAGACGGAAAUAUUGGCCUAACUAAUGCAUGGAGCAUCAUUCAAACAGACUUCAGAUGCUGUGGAGUCUCCAACUACACUGACUGGUUUGAAGUGUACAACACAACUCGGGUGCCGGACUCCUGCUGCUUAGAAUUCAGUGAGAACUGUGGGCUCCAUUCCCCAGGCACUUGGUGGAAAGCGCCUUGCUACGAAACAGUGAAAAUAUGGCUCCAGGAAAACUUACUAGCAGUGGGAAUCUUUGGAUUGUGCACAGCGAUGGUGCAGAUUCUCGGACUCACCUUUGCAAUGACCAUGUAUUGUCAGGUAGUCAAGGCAGACACCUACUGUGCAUAGAUUCCAUUCCCACUCUUUCUGCUCCUCCUCCAAAGGACACAGGAGAAAUCUCCUUCAUGCUCAUCCAUCUGACCUUUUUUUUUCCCCCUCUUUGUACUAUAAACUGUGUAUAAUGCUAUCUUUCUGAAGAUUUUGUGAAUCACCCCACUUCACUAAAGGAGGAAGAAAAGAAAAAGUCAGUACUUGAACUGGUACAGGUAAGAAGGACCCUUGUCUUUAAACAGAAGAAAACUUCUCAAGAGCAAUGGUUCCUUUUCCAUGGCCUACGGCAAGACAAAGGAGGCUGCUUAUGAGGGGCUGAUCUGCAAACCCAUGGUAGGAAGAUUGCACUGAGGCAACCUCUGUGAAACCUGCCAGGUUGCUUUCCUACAUCCCAUGAUCUGGAAGAGAGGGCAUAGAAAAUGAGUAUACUUCAACAAGAAGGUACAGGGUAGCUAGCACAGAAUGCGAAUUGUAAUUUUACUACAGUUUGCAUACAGCUAAAAUGUCAAGAUCAAGCAGCCCUGCCUCCAAGUGUCUCAAGAUGAUUUUGUAGCCAGGAGAGGAUCAUCUUCAGAAAUAUGUUAUUUUAAAGGAGUAUUUUUAAUCUUUUGUGCUGCAAAGUCGGGCUUUUAAUCAGAAUCUGUACAGCAAGAUCUGGCUGUUAAGGGAAAACAAUAUUGGACAUUGUCUCACUUAUUAAUUGCCAGUGGCAUAUAGAUGGUUGACUGUGUAUGUAAUAUAUAUUACAUUCAUAUACAUAUAUGUUCUGAAAGGAGGUAAAAAUACCCGGCAUCUAACCUCAGAAAGAGGAAACCUUUCUAUCUCAUUUUACAUUCCAACUGAAAUAACCAACUAUUACUUCUUGUAGGAGGCACUACCACUUAUACCUCUGGGAAACAAGUAAUUACUUUCAACUGUAUCUUCAUUUCAGUAAACAACUUGUGAGUGCACUCUCUCUGUCAUUCUACUAUGGUUUUAUUUUUUAUCAUCCCUGUUGCAAGUUAGUCUGCCAAAAAAUAUCACUCAUUUCCACACCUGAAGAUCCUUACAAAGCUGUCAGCUGUUCCUUCCCUGAAUGUCACCAUUUCAUUAAUUUACUUUGGGAUAUCAUCAUCUGCAGGUAUGAUAGAGUUUGCCUUGCUGAAGAAAAAUCUUUUUGCACAUUGCUCAUUUUUCUGAGAGUUAUUAAACUUCAGAUGUUUUUAUGCUUAGGAUUUUUUUUCCCCUCAGCUGCAUGCUUGCAACAGCCAAGACACAUCAGUCUCUGUCAGAACUGGGGUCACCUCUCAGUUCUGUUUUUCAGACCCAUCUCCCUCUGCCUGACUGGUGGCUAGAAUUUACCCCACACUUUCUGGAAUUUGCAGAAAUUGAAAUCAUAACUUUCCUUAGCCAGGAAACAGCCACCGAUUGUCCAAUUUCCCCACCCAUUGCUAACUGAAAUAAUUUAUGUAGUACCCUUAUGUGGACAUCUUGUAGUGAUGAGGUUAAGAAUCAGAUGUUUCUUGUUGUUCAAACACGACUCCCCAUCAGCAAGCAACCCCGGAUAACGCACAUGUGACAGGGAGAUGCUGAAGCACUCAGGGAAAGAACACAGCAGGGAACAGGCAAACAGAGGAAUGCAGCUGGCCCGCUCCUUGCAGCCAGCCUUUGAGGACCUCUCAGCCACUGACAACAGACCAGAGAGACAACCAUGGUGCCCUGUUUUCCCAGAAAGCUCAGUGCAGCCAUUCCUACUGUGACAGACUAGAAGCAUGCAUCAAAUUCAGGCAAGAAAAAGUUACCUUGUACCUUUAGUGCUUACAACUGCAGGUCUCAGCUGUGAGUGACAUUUUGCUUGCUUUGAUUUAAAGGCAAUUUCCAGCAGUAAAGCUGAACUUGCCAAGCCCCAGACUAUUGAACAUUCUCCGUAACACCUGUAACUAACUCCUUCCUGGACCUGCACCACUGACAAACACUACUCUCACUGCUUAGGUUUUGGGUUUGUUUUUUUUUUCCUCUUUGCUGAUUUUCUGCAGUGUUCUCACCCUCAGGCCUGAACUACUCCAUGUUUUGUGGGAAAGUGCGUCAGAGAGUCUGGUAUGUGAAACAGCAAGUAUCUUCCAAUAUCUUUACCCCCCCACCUCUAUGCACGAUGCCCAUCUGUAGCAUCAUGCAUUUAGCUGUGCAGGCUGAUCUGAAAGUAAUGUAUUACUUGUGUGUGUGUUAUGUGGCUUCCCAAUCGCUCACUAUCACGGCUACCUCACCACCACUAACAGAUUUCACUGCCAUGUUCACAAGCCUGAAGAAAUACUAACACACCUCAACCCAAGACAAAGGUUAAACUAAGUGAGUAGCCCACACACAGGCACCCUGUACCCCAAAGCAGGAGACUUACUCUUGGUGUUACAGUCUCCACAGUCUCAAUACUCUUUGCUUCUUGAGCCUAGGCUGACCUGUCAACAGGCCUGAUCUUUGAAAGAUGCUGUAAGUUUACUCCUUCCCUCUCUCCACUCUGUUCCUUUCUUACCUGCAGGGACACGAUUGGAGGUUAACUGCAGCAUUAGUUCUUCCCAUGGUAUAUAGUUUGUACACACAGGUGCUCCUGCUGUCAGCUAAGCAUUUUCACCGCUGAAAAACAGCAUAACAGAGUGAUGAAUGUGUUAAUAAAACAUUGAUUUUUAAGAAAGAUAAAAGGUGGACAAGUCUAUUUGUAGUGAUCCCUGCCAUUAAAAAUUAACACAGGGACAGGAGGCUGAUGAUGGCUCAGUUGAUAAGAGCAAACCGUCGUGCAGCAGAGCUCCCACAGAGGGUAACUCUCAUCAAUUUGCCUGAUGGUGGUGUAGGGAAGAGAGAGAUCAUAACGCCUCAUCCUGUGAGUCUCCCAAAAAUGUGUGCUGAGCUCUUAGACUGCCAGACUUCAGCUAAACCUACAGAAGAAAUAAAAUGAGAAUCAGAGACUGAAGACAAGUCACAUUUUGUGGUUCCCUCUAAUUAUUUUCCACAGUUCAGGUGUCUUUACCAGAUAAACUACCUUGGUUUUCAAAAAACAUGUAUCUAUAGGCAGUAAAAGCAACACUCACUUUGUAAAUUGCACUCACUGCAGCAGAAACAUAUGGCACUAACUGCUGAAAAGAAAGAAAAAACUCCAGACCACACAUUGCUGCUAAUAAUUGGUUUUUUAAACACUACCAACUUACACUGCCAACUGAGAUGCUACUGCAACUGUUUAUAAUUUGAACUGGCCUAUUUUCUAUAUUUGAUAUUAUUAGCUCUCUUCACAGAGGCCAAAUAAAAUGUUAUGGUGCUUAAAGCAUUACCAGUACAAUCCAAUUUCAAACCUUGGAACAUACUGCACAUAACAAGCCUCAGAUUUACCAUAUUUUUCUUUUUAAAAGCAUUGCAGCUUUGCUUUGCUGACAAGGUCAGAACAUUUUGCAGUAUCUAACAGCAACAAUCCUUUUUUAAAACCAAACAAGAUAGUUCCAUAUUAUGCAUAAAACUUCAUGUUGAACUGGUUGAUUAUAAAUAAAUACCCUGUAAUACAUAAUACCCAUUCAAAAGGCUGCUUAUACUGUAUGUAAUGCACAGCAACACUGAAGUCAUUCCAAUUGCUUCCAUUAGUGUCACUUAUAGUAAAGUCUGUUAUGUUAUUCUCACUUCUUACCUUUAAACAUGAAGGAGGACUCAAUACAUUUAAAUGAAAGAACCAAAGGCAACAAAGACAUUGAAGGAGAGCACUCCUAAGUCAUACUCCUCGCUCUUUCUGCUUAGUGACAAGAUGUGAAGGCACAGUGUGCAUGGCUGGACCUACUGAAUUCAGCAACAUCAGAAUUUAGCUUUUAGAUUCAGUCCAAUAUACUUCUUGCUUAUUGCCUUCACAAUUAUGAUAAUACAUAUAUAUAUAUUUAAUAGAAUACGGUUUAUUUUCCUUUAUGGUAACUGUCAGUAGCAGCCAAAUCUUAUCGCUUGUACAACAGAAUUAUUUAGCUCCAGAUCUUACAGUGCACAAUCACUGAAAUUCACUCCAGUUUCUGUUCUAGGAAUACUUCUUUGUUCCUCUCCCUCAAAUAAUCUAAACUCAUAAAGGUUUACUCUACCAUUUAAUAAUUACCAUUUAAAUGCAGCAUUGUAUGAUUUAUAAUACGGAGAGGAAGAAACUGCACAGAAGCUGCAAAAAAUAUUUUAUCUUGCACCAGCAGUCCAGCUGCUAUGUAAAUCCACACAAAGCCCUCACUUCUCACAAGCUACUUAUGAACCGGUUACAUCUUUUAGUGCACAUGGCUCCCGGCUGCCGCUUCCCCCAUUCACAGAUAGGGCAGGAGGUAGUUGGUAUGGAAAAAGUUGAAGCCUUUCACUUACUUACCCCUUAGCUUCAUUCUUGUGCUAUAGAUGUGGCACCAAAGGUAAGCAACAGAAACCAGCAGUUGAUUGUGGCAUUUAUUUUAAAACCACUCUCUUUAUUAACUUUGUCUGCAAGGAUUCUUGCGAAGCAUGAAUGUCUUCAUACAUACUGAGUUAGACAAUUCACAGCAGGAAACAAGUCAGGACUUGCCAUGGGAAAUUUUGUUUGGAUUCCGUUGUGAAUUCUCCUAGAUUGUCACUGGUUUCUUACCACAGCGGGCAGGGCUCCUCAGUUCUUUGCAUUUUGUCGCUGCAACUACAAUGAUACAUUUUUGUGCAUUCAUAUUAAGAACAAAAAAUAUACAUUUUAUUUUUUAAAAGUUAUUAAAUAUUAUUUAAAGUUUACAACA